AUGACUCGCGUUCUUGUCCUCAACGGCCCCAACCUAAAUCUCCUGGGCACGCGCGAGCCCCAAAUCUACGGCUCUACCACCCUCUCCGACAUCAUCACCAACCUCCAAACAAAAGCGGCCUCUUUCCCCGCCACCAUUGAAUCAUUCCAAUCCAACCAUGAGGGCGCAAUAGUCGACCGCAUCCACGAUCGCUCGCGCAAGAUUGACGCCAUCAUCAUCAACCCUGGCGCCUUUACGCAUACCAGCGUUGCUAUACGGGAUGCAUUCGUUUAG